ACGACGCAAUGUAGACAUGCGACUAACAGUGAUGAUGUAGUCCUGAGCAGGCGCAAUCGGUCCUGAUGGUCCUCGCGACUGCGCUGCCAACCGAUGUGCGUAACUACGCCAUUGCCUCUGAGUCGGCCUUCGCGGCCGAAAUGAGCUCUUCUCUCGCUGCCGGCAAUACUCCAGGAUGGUACGCAUCGAUGCCUGCCGACGUCAAGAGUAUCCUGCCUCUGCUGUACCCUGUCGCUGCUGAAGCCUCGACCACGUCUGUCGUCACCUCGACCGCCAGCUCCGCAAGCGCAACGCUCACCGGCGCGAAUAGCACCUCCAUCUCUGCUAUCCACUCUGCUACCCUGUCCGGCACACGCACCGCGACUGGCUCUCCUCUUCCUGAGUCCACUGGCGCCGCGUCGCACGCGAAGGCUGCUGUCGGCGCUGGCCUUGCGGGUGUCGCUGGGUUCCUUGCCAUGUUGGCUUUGUGAUAGCGAUCGUCCCUUGCGCAAGCAACUUCUGCGCACGCACAGUAUAUGCCAUGAUAUGAUUCAGGUGGCUUCGGCAUCUUUAGCGGGCGGCGCUCCGGAUUCAAACGUUCUUCACGACGCUACGUUGUUAUUCUUUUGGGGGCUCUAGCGAGCAUUCGCAUUAUACCUGUUUGACUUUUGGAGGAGGAUUGGGGAUAUUGAUGGCUCCGGCUGUAAUGUUUAGCAUGUAUGAUGUCUGGUGGAUUCAUGAUCUUGGUGGUUUGGGUGGAUGUCAAAUGCCUUUGGUAGGCGACUUUCGAGAGAAGCGCAACGACUUGCCAAUAACAUAUAAUUCGUUGGUGGGAACGUCGACUGUGUCUAUGCAUAUGUUUCGAAGCUCAUGUGAUGAAGAAUAGGUGGA